UUAAAGAGAAACUUCGGAGUAGUACGGAUAGUACGGAAGGGUGCCAGAACAGGGAUCGAUCUCGUCUAAGAAACUUACACCUUGCGGCCUCUUUGGGUUGCCUGCAGCUGCUCUCGGUGAGCCAUUCAGGAGUUUCACUCUCACUUUAUUACUACCUUGUAAAUAAUUAACCAGCAGCUAGCCAACGGAACAGGAAGAAACGAUCUCGAAAGUUUGAAGAAACUGCCGUAGCCUACCCGUCAGUGGCGAACUCUGGACACGACUCUAAGACACUGAAGGGGGCACCUUUGCAAAACUCAUUCGUGCGUGGGAGUUACUCCCGUGGGAGCGAAAUCAAGCGGAAGCAUACCGUAACCAUCACAAGUCAAAACAAUACCAAGUUGUAGGAGACCCACUAACGUCUGCGGGCAGGGACCGACUCGAAUGCAGGGAAAAUAACAGAUGUGGAUUACUACUCCAGGAAAGUGAAAUGGCUACACUCUGCUGAAUAGAAGACCGGGCCAUUUGUCAUCAGUCCCAAUUUUUCUGCGGAUUGCCGAAGCCUUCUGUCGAAGCUGGCUAUCGAUUUUGCCUGGUGACGAGCUGCCUGUCACGAUGGGCACUUCGGACAUUAAUAAACGCAGGUGAAACAUUUUAGAGCGGAGGUCGCAAGAGAAAGUUGGCGUGCAAACAAGACGCUUAAACUCGGUGUUUUCCAUCUCUGUUUAUAAUUACCACGGAAUCGCUCUUGGACAUUUAUUAACAGGCACGGAUACUAGUGGAUGGAUUAACCAUUACGAUUUUAUUUGUCGUAACUUUUUCAGGCAUUUUUUUUGUUUAGUGCUUUAAACACAGUUAGUUUACUAGCUAUCCAGUAAGCAGCUGAGAACCAUAAAGGCGCGUAUCUGAGAGAAUACUUCUUGUCAGCUAAACGGGGUACAUAAACAGUUUUUUUUUAAGUUAAUCGGAAUUACGAGGAACUAUGCACAAAUACAACCCCAACAACGCCGGCACACUCUCGCGGGACGCGGAGAUCCAACACCGCCUGACUGACAACGGUGGAGUCGGGGACUCGGUGAAGGAGAAUGGGUCUGGGAAGAAGGACUCUGGCGCGGAUAUUCCUGACACACCGUGCACCAAAAGAAAGAUGCUGGUGGGCUUGGACCUUCUAUGUCUGGUCGUAGCCUCCAUCCCGUUCCUGGCGUGCGAGCUGAAGGCGGUGACCCCUCACAGACGGGGCUUUUUCUGCGGGGACCCCAGCAUCGCGUACCCCCUCCUGAAGAGCGAGGCCAUCCCGGACCCCGUGCUGAUCGCGGGGGGGCUCCUCAUCACCGGGGUGGCGAUCGCCCUGGGAGAGUGCUACCGCGUGCGUUUCCUGGGCGUGCGUUCGCGCGCCUUCAUCAGGAACCUGUACGUGUCCAGCCUGUACAAGGAGCUGGGCAGCUUCCUGUUCGGCUGCUUCAUCGGCCAGUCCCUCACCAACAUGGCCAAGCUGAGCAUCGGCCGGCUCCGCCCCCACUUCCUGUCCGCGUGCAAAGUCACCUACGCGUCCCUCAACUGCACCCCCGGCACCUACGUCCCCAAGGUCAACUGCCAGGAGACUGACCAGCGCAUUCUGGAUGAAGCCAGGAAGUCCUUUUUCUCAGGCCACGCCUCCUUCGCGAUGUACACCAUGCUGUACUUGGCUUUCUACCUGCAGGCGCGGUUCUCGUGGCGAGGGGCCCGGCUCCUGCGGCCCCUCCUCCAGUUCCUGCUGGUGCUGCUGGCGAUGUACACAGGCCUGAGCCGGAUCUCUGACUACCAGCAUCACCCGACCGACGUGCUGACUGGCUUCCUGCAGGGGGCGCUCACGGCUUACUGGGUGGCUUUCUACAUCUCGUCCAUGUUUAAGAGUCCUCGGCCCGAUCUGCUGACCAACAGCCUGUCCCUGGAGUCGCCUCUGUCCAGCCAGCAGACUGUCUGCUAGCACUGCCUGAGAAGGAGGGAGGGAGGGGGAGAGAGAGAGGGAGGGAGGGAGGGAGGGAGAGAGGGAGAGGGAGAGAGGGAGAGAGACCAAGAGCGAGCAGGAGAGAGAACAACUAAGCACAACACACCAACACGACUUCAGAAGAGAGGAUGGAAGGACGAGUCCCUUGGGGGAAGAAGGAGAAAAGAAGGGGAUGAAGAGGAGGAGAGAAAGGGAAUGAAAGUGACUGAGAGACUAUUUUAUUUUGACUGAGACGGAGUGAGAAAGGAGGAAAUGAACUGGGGAGCAGAUGAGAGAAAGAAAACAAGGGACAGUUAUGCUCUUCUCUUACACACACACACACACACACACACACACACACACACACUCUUUCAUUGGACAUGUAUAGAGUGACCCGUCCUGAGAGGUGGUAUACACAAGUACAGAUAGAUGUAUAUAAAAUAUCUUAUAGCUCACGCUGCUAAUAAUGAUUAUUCGAAUAGUUAACACGUAUACAUUUCAUAAUGUAUAUUUAAUGUGUAGUUUAAGCUUGUAACCGUGAGACUUGUGGUUUAAAAAAACGGUUGUCUUGGUGCAGAAUUUGGACGGUGACGAACAUGUGACCCCCUCCGUCCUUCCUCGUCACCUGUGACCUCUGACCUUUGCGGUCAGUGAUAUUGUCGGUCAUCCUAACCGACCUGAAGCCAGCGCAAAACCUUUUAGCUGGGAAAUGCCACGUUUCGACCUCGUAGGUUUCGAUGAGAGGCGGGCCGGUGGGGUUUGGCGGAGACCUGCGAUUGGCUGGCUGCGAGCGGUGUGUGUGUUUUUGACGAUGCAAAUUGCGGGUAGUACUACUGCUACUAUUAGCACUGCUGCUAGUACUACAAUUUGCAUUAAACCGCUCUCGCGGGGUCUGAAGUUGCGCUCAGCCUGGUCCAGAGUGCUCUGAGAGGAAUUUGCUGUUUUUUUAAUUUUUUCUUUCCUGUAGUGAUGUAAAAGAUCUGUGACCUACAGGCUGCCCCGACCGCUUCUUUGACCGCAGAACAAGCUGCCUUUCUGUCCUCGUGUUGUAAGUCCUGUUACGGAAGAAAUGUGCCCUCCUUUGGCCGCUGUGUCUGAAUAACCACUUCAACCAUACCUCUGGUGCGGAGCUGUGACUGAAUAUUGACCCCUGACCCUUGACCCAUGACCCAUGGCUGACCUUCAGAUGGUAAACUUUGACUUGAGCCGCACAUUGAGUUAAGGCCUCUCACACAGUCACCGGCGGUGUGUGUUAGCUCCUUUGCAGCACUUGAAAUAUGUUAGAGGAAUCUUUCGUAUUUGUAAUUUGUCAAUUUUUUUUUUGUUUGUUAUUCUCAAGUUAAAAAAUAUAUAUUUUUUGUUUAUGUUGUUCUUUGUUUUGUUUGUUUGUUUGUUGAAAUGUGUUUUUUUUUCCCCUCCCCCAAUUGAUUGUUCUUAAGAUUUUAAAUGAAUGUAUAUAAAUCCUUUGUAAAGUGGCCAGAAUUUCAGAAGUAUUAUUAAUGAUUUGUGUUUGUUUUUGUGUUCCGUGUGCUAACCAGGUACGGACUGUUCCAUUGUUUGUGUUGCAUUUAACGACUAGUGACUGAGCCAGACAGAUGUUAUAAGAAAGCUAUAUUUAUCCAUUUUUAUUUUGCUAUAAUCUUAUUCGUUUACUCUGGUGAACGCCAGAGGAUUUAAUAACCACUGUACUCAAAAAAUAAAAAAUAAAAUGAAUGUUAAAUCUUUUAA